AUGUCUGAUUAUACGACAAAUUGUUUAUCAUCUGUUGAUCCACAAACAUCUUCAAAUGAAGUUACUAUUGCUUCCACAUCUUCAAUUACAUUUGUAUCACUAAAAUUAGGUGGUCACCAACGUGAUUUUAUCUGGUCGUUUUUCAAUGACAUGGGUCCUGCUAAAACACCAGGUCAUCAUAAAGCUCAAUGCAAAUAUUAUUUAUCAUUCUUCAAUUUUGCAAAACUUCAUAUUAUGUAUUCACAUAUUGCACACCAAUGUGAUGAAAUUGUUAUUUAUAAUCCAAAUGCACGAAAAGAAGUUAUCACCAGAAUGCGUGAUUUCGAACAACAAUCACCACCAGGUCGAGUUAGAAGACAAUCCAGCAAGACUGGAUCAGCCAAUCAAUUGAUGUCCAAACAAUAUACAACGGAUCGAUUCACAUCCAGAAUAAUAUCUUAUAGUGAACAACAAAAUAUUGAUCGAUAUUUACUACGUGCUGUUAUUAUGAAUGGUAUAUUAUUUCGAACAAUCAAUAAUGAUUUUUUUAUUGAAUUUAUCAAACAACUGAAUCCAUCUUAUGAUCUACCUAAUAGAAAAAAAUUAGCACAUGAAUUGCUUACACAAGAAGUGGUAUAUGUGGAGAAUAAAAAUGAAUCAUUAUUAGCUGAAGCUGCUCAUCUUACAUUAAAUAUUGAUGGUUGGAGCGAUCGAUGUCAUCGAUCGUUGUAUGAAUAUAAUGUCAUUACGGAUAGUCGAAAGGCUAUCAUCCUCUCUCUUAUCGAUGUUAGUUCUUUUAAUCAUAUUGCAGACUUUUUAAUCAACCGACUAGAGUCUAUUCUAGCUGGAAUUUCAACAAAUAUUAACAUCAAAUCAAAAAUACGUGCUAUUGUUACAGAUAAUCCCAAUACGAUGCAAAAAAUGCGUGAAAUGUUUAUCUCCAAACCAGGAAAUCAACAUAUUCUUGAAUUACGAUGCUUUGCACAUGCCAUCAACUUAAUUGCUGGUGAUAUAGUCAAGCAUGUUUAUGCUCAAAAUAUAUUACAUAAAGUAACAAUAAUCACGUCUUUUUGUAAUCGUUCACAUGCUUUCAAAGCAAAACUCAAAGAAGAAGCUGAAUGA